ACUUUGUUCAACACCCGUUUCCACCCUGACCGGAACUUCUUUCUGAGUGCGUUUUUACUCGGAGGACUUUCAAUGUAGCAACCGUGUGUUAGUGUGGUCACGUGUGUUUUGAAAAGUUUAAGCGACUGGAACCGAGCAGGGGGCACGUUGCGUGUAAAUUGCAGCGUACGACAUUUAUAUGCUUUAAUAAACCCUCUGUUACUUAAGUCAUUGUUUUAUUUAAACACUUGCUAGCUUUGGGUGGCAUUAGCUAACGUUAGCUUAUUUUAGCUAGCAUUUGCUCCCGCUUCAUUUCGUUCUAACGUAUAACUGUUACGUUGGUAUCAGUGGUGGUAGUAACGGUAUCUCUAUUAGUAGAUCCGGUUGAAUCAAAGUUAUCAUUACGGCUUAGUGAAAGCAAAAUGGUGUUUUUCACCUGCAACGGCUGUGGUGAAUCCCUGAAGAAAGCUCAGGUUGAUAAACACGUGAACAUAUGCCGGGGCUGCCAGGUCCUGUCCUGCAUCGACUGUGGAAAAGACUUCUGGGGCGAUGACUACAAGGACCACAUCAAAUGCAUCAGUGAAGAUCAGAAGUAUGGAGGCAAAGGUUACGAGGCCAAGGCAAACAAAGGAGAUGUGAAACAGCAGCAGUGGAUCCAGAGAGUCCACGACGCCAUGAACAAACCUGGAGUCAGUGCAAAACUAAAAGAUGUGCUCCAACAAGUCAGCUCCUAUGACAAUGUACCGAGAAAGAAGGCCAAGUUUCAGAAUUGGAUGAGAAACAGUCUUAAAAUAGCCAACACGAGUCUUCAUGAUGAAGUGUGGGAGGUCCUGUCUGCAGCUGACAAAGUUCCUGAGGCCCCCCAGCAGACCAGUGAACCUAAACAGGCUGUGGCUGAAGCGGAUGCUACUGAAAAUGAAAAGCAGAACGGCCAUCCAGAUGUUGAGAAAAAGAAACUGAACAAACGGGAGCGCAAAGAGGCCCGUCAACAGAAGAAUGGGAAGGCUCUGAAAGGCACUGAAAAGACAGCUGCUCAGGAGCCAGAAGAGGGCAAAAAGAAAAAGAAGGACAGGAAGAGAAAACGCGCCUCUGAGGAGGACGAAGAUGAAGAGCAGGACGGUGCUGAAAAAAAGACAUCCAGCAAGAAAACAAAGACAGCUGAACAAGAAGCAGAGGCUGCUGACACAUCAGAGGAGACUCAGGAUCAAGAAGUUCCCAAAGGCAAAUUCAACUGGAAGGGAAACAUCAAGGCGGUACUGAGAGAAGCAGAUGACCAGGAACUGUCAGUAAAGAAACUCAGGAAGAAGGUUUUGGCGGCGUACUACUCUUUCUAUGGUGAUGGAAAUUUUAGAAAGGAGGAGGAGGUGCUUGCACUUUUCAACAAGAAGAUCAACAACAAUCCCAAAUUUAGAGUCUUGAAAGACAGAGUUAGACUUGUAAAGUAGACCUGUUUAUCUCCCCUGUCUGGCAUGAAAUGUAUGUUGCUCAUAGACUUUUAAAAUUUACGUUUGUCUGCCGUCCUCACUUGGAUGUUUUUGUACAGCUGACCUAAUCUCAAAGAUUAAAUAAUUUUAUAACUGA